AUGAGCCAGCCCAGGCCCCGCUACGUGGUAGACAGAGCUGCGUACUCUCUCACCCUCUUCGAUGAUGAGUUGGAGAAGAAGGACCGGACGUACCCACUGGGAGAAAGACUUCGCAGUGCCUUCAGAUGUUCCGCCACCAAGGUCAAAGCCGUGGUGUUUGGGCUGCUGCCUGUGCUCUCCUGGCUCCCCAAGUAUAAGAUCAAAGACUACAUCGUCCCCGACCUCCUUGGCGGACUCAGCGGUGGCUCCAUCCAGGUCCCGCAAGGCAUGGCCUUCGCUCUGCUGGCUAACCUUCCCGCCGUCAACGGCCUCUACUCCUCCUUCUUCCCGCUCCUGACCUACUUCUUCCUGGGGGGCAUACACCAGAUGGUGCCAGGUACCUUUGCCGUUAUCAGCAUCCUGGUGGGUAACAUCUGUCUGCAGCUGGCCCCAGAGUCGAAAUUCCGGGUCUUCAAUGAUACCACCAAUGAGACCUACGUGGAUACAGCAGCCAUGGAUGCUGAGAGACUGCACGUGUCAGCAACACUGGCAUGCCUGACUGCUGUCAUCCAGAUGGGCCUGGGCUUCGUGCAGUUUGGCUUUGUCGCCAUCUACCUGUCUGAGUCCUUCAUCCGGGGCUUCAUGACCGCCGCAGGCCUGCAGAUCCUGAUCUCAGUGCUCAAGUACAUCUUCGGGCUGACCGUCCCUUCGUACACAGGCCCAGGCUCCAUCGUGUUUACCUUCAUUGACAUAUGCAAAAACCUGCCGCACACCAACAUUGCCUCGCUCGUCUUCGCCCUCAUCAGCGGUGCUGUCCUGGUGCUGGUGAAGGAGCUCAAUGCCCGCUACAUGCACAAGAUCCGCUUCCCCAUCCCCACGGAGAUGAUUGUGGUGGUGGUGGCAACAGCUAUCUCUGGGAGCUGUAACAUGCCCCAAGUGUAUCACAUGCAGAUCGUAGGAGAGAUCCAGCAUGGGUUCCCCGCUCCGGUGCUGCCUGUGGUCUCGCAGUGGCAGGACAUGGUCGGCACGGCCUUCUCCCUGGCCAUCGUAGGCUACGUCAUCAACCUGGCCAUGGGCCGCACACUGGCCAACAAGCAUGGCUAUGACGUGGAUUCCAACCAGGAGAUGAUCGCCCUGGGCUGCAGCAACUUCUUUGGCUCCUUCUUUAAAAUCCAUGUCAUCUGCUGUGCUCUCUCUGUCACUCUGGCUGUGGAUGGAGCUGGAGGAAAAUCCCAGGUGGCAAGCCUGUGUGUGUCCCUGGUGGUGAUGAUCACCAUGCUGGUCCUGGGCUCCUAUCUGUACCCACUCCCCAAGUCUGUGCUAGGGGCCCUGAUAGCCGUCAACCUCAAAAACUCCCUCAAGCAACUGGCCGACCCUUACUACCUAUGGCGGAAGAGCAAGCUGGACUGUUGCAUCUGGGUGGUGAGCUUCCUCGCCUCCUUCUUUCUGAGCUUGCCGUAUGGUGUGGCCGUGGGUGUCGCCUUCUCCGUCCUGGUUGUCGUCUUCCAGACCCAGUUUCGCAAUGGCUAUGCCUUGGCCCAAGUCAUGGACACCGACAUUUAUGUGAAUCCCAAGACCUACAAUAAGGUCCACGAAAUUGAGGGGAUUAAGAUCGUCACUUACUGCUCCCCUCUCUACUUUGCCAACUCAGAGAUCUUCAGGCAAAAGGUCAUUGCCAAGACAGGUGUGGACCCCCAGAAAGUACUGCUGGCCAAGCAAAAGUACCUCAAAAAGCAGGAGAAGGGGCGAAUCAUAGCCACCCCACAAAGGAAGUCUCUCUGCAUGAAAACCAAGACUGUCUCCCUGCAGGAGCUCCAGCAGGACUUUGAGGGUGCCUCCCCCACCGACCCCAACAACAACCAGACUGCUAAUGGUGCCAGCGUGUCCUACAUCACCUUCCGCCCUGACAGUGCCCCAGCUACCCAGAGUGAGCCUCCAGCCUCUACGAAGGGCCCCAGUGAUCCAGCUGACCUGCUGGCCAGUGUCCCACCCUAUGUCACCUUCCACACCCUCAUCCUGGACAUGAGUGGGGUCAGCUUUGUGGAUUUGAUGGGCAUCAAAGCGCUGGCCAAGCUGAGCUCCACUUACGGGAAGAUCGGAGUGAAGGUCUAUUUGGUGAACAUUCAUGCCCAGGUGUACAAUGACAUUAGCCACGGAGGCAUCUUUGCAGAUGGGUCCCUGGAGCACAGCCACGUCUUCCCCAGCAUCCAUGAUGCUGUCCUCUUUGCUCAGGCAAAUGCCAGAGAAGUGGCCCCGGGAUGCGACUUGCAAGGGGCUCCCCUGGACCCAGAGCUCUCCUUGUAUGACUCAGAGGAGGACGGUCCUGGCUACUGGGAUUUAGAGCAAGAGAUGUUCGGGAGCAUGUUUCACGCAGAAACACUGACCGCCCUCUGA